AUGGAUGCAAACUUGAAUGCUUCCCUCCAAGCUACGCCUGAACUGCCAGACCGGGCUGAAUUCACCGCAAAAACACCUACUCCAGUCAACACCAUUGCUAAUCCUCCAGAAUCUACAAUGGAUUUGCCCAUCGAUACACCUGGGCUGCCAGACCGGCUUGAGCUCACCGAAAAAACACCUGCUUCAGUCAAUAUCACUGCCAAUUCUCCAGCCACUACGAUGAAUUUGCCUGUCGAUGCAACCGCAACAGCCUCUUCUAAGGAAAUUUUACACCAAGCUACACCUGAACUGCAAGACCAGGUUGAAUUCACCGAAAAGACACCUACUGCGGUCAACGCCACGGCCAAUCCAUCAACUCCCAACAAAGCUAAAAGAACCACAAAAAAAGACUUCUCUAACGACAAAGCCAACCUUCCGGACACCGAAGCAGAACUCGACGAUGACCAGAUUUCAUCCCUCUUCUACCAGCCACCUGAUGUGCGCAAGCGUUAUCCAGUCUACUUCAGCAAAUCCACCGGUAAAAUCCAUGCAGCGAUGAAACGACUGCUUUUCCAGAGAGGGAAGGAUAACAAAUUACGUCACCCGGAAUACGUAUUACGAUCAAAUGAAACGAGUUGGGAAAAGAAGCUGCUUAGCUACGAAAACCCCGGACAAUAUAAGUCGAAAGGAGAACCUAUCCGCCUUCCAGAUGAAGAAGCCUCUCGCAAGCGCAAGAGACCUACAUUUGAACCUGUGGAACCAUCAUCCUCUCGCCCUACUAAGAUUAAUCUGACAACUGACCACCAAGGCUCCCCUCUGAUCGUGCCUGGCAAUGCAGAAGCGAACACCCAACAGCUGUACCCAACAGCCAAUGCCAUCAUCGAUUCGGCUAUCACAGCUGGUGCUGGAUGCCCUAUGCAGCCACCACUGCUAAACCCCUACGUUCAAAGCACUCCCAUCAAUCGGCUAGUAGCCCCCUAUGGCUCCGAUUUCAUGCACUUCCUGACUAAGCUUGAGGCUGGUGACUUGGAACAUCUGACUGCAGAUGAUAUCACGCUUCUCACCGAGUGGAUCCUUAAGGAAUGCAGCAAGAUACAGCAGCAUGUUGCACGUGCGAUUUCCAUCAACGCGGGUAUCGAGUACAGGUACAUAUUGCUUGAUAUUUAUGAUAAUAUUAUCCGAGUAUCUCGAUGCUGUGUCAACUUCGAAGCGGAACGACAAAAUAACCUCAUGACGGACCGUGGCGAAGAAAGCUGA